GCCUUGGUUGAUCUGGGUGGUGUCUGGUCUGGUGCUGCUAAUCCUCGGUUACCUCUUUGCCUUCCUGGCAGUGGCCUGAGAGGGGUUAAUGAGUUAAUGCUGAGCAAGAGCUUUUGUGCCCGGAAUGAUACUUAUUGCUUCCUUUUGCUGAAAUUCAGCAAGCCCAGAAUGAUUAACAGUUGUGCUGUGUCCUCUGUCUUCUGUGAGAUGUCCUUUUAUCUUCAGAUUGAGUUUUGAGGGCACUGAUUACCUCUCGCAGAAGCUGGAAUAGGCAAUACGUUCAUUGAAGUUAUGUCCCACUAUCAAAAAACCCUGGUCUUUGCUGCGCAUUGUCCUCAAGCUUCUAACCACAAAAUGAACUUAUUUCAUUUUCCAAUAUUUGCAUGCUGCAGAGCUUCCUGGGUAGGAUGCACCAGGAAGUGCCCCCCACCGGGAGAGCUGUACUGGCCAGGAGAACCCAUAAGUAGUGAGCAUUUCCAUCGAGCUGUCAAUGUGAAUGAUGAAGAUUUGCUGGUUCGAAUACUUCAAGGAGGAAAUGUGAAGGUCGAUGUUCCCAAUAAGUUUGGCUUUACCGCUCUGAUGGUCGCUGCCCAGAAAGGAUACAGCAGGCUUGUGAAAAUCCUCGUUUCUAACGGCACAGAUGUGAAUCUGAGGAACGGAAGUGGCAAGGACAGUCUGAUGCUUGCGUGCUACGCAGGACACCUAGACGUUGUGAAAUAUCUCCGAAGACAUGGCGCUUCUUGGGAGACCAGAGACCUAGGAGGCUGCACUGCUCUGCACUGGGCUGCAGAUGGAGGCCACUGCAGUGUGAUCGAGUGGAUGAUAAAAGACGGCUGUGAGGUAGACGCUGCGGACACGGGCUCAGGAUGGACCCCACUCAUGAGAGUCUCUGCUGUCUCAGGAAACCAGAGGGUAGCCUCUCUGCUGAUUGAAGCUGGAGCGGACGUGAACAUGAAAGACAAAGAUGGAAAGACCCCUCUGAUGGUGGCUGUGUUAAAUAAUCACGAGGAGUUAGUCCAGCUACUUCUUGACAAAGGGGCAGAUGCAACUGUAAAGAAUGAGUUUGGCAAAGGUGUGCUAGAGAUGGCCAGAGUUUUUGACAGACAGAACGUGGUCUCCCUGUUGGAAGAAAGGAAAAAAACCCACGCGGCAAAGAAGUAGUCCGUCUGCUCACCAGGGCGCUACUCACUCCGAAAGCCCAAGCGAAACAAAGUCGAAUGCGACCGUUGAGCUAGAGAUGAAAUUCUGCAUCUUGGAGGCUAUACAUUUGAUUAUUUAUUUAGAUUCACAGUGACUUUUUGUAACGUACAACUGUUCCCAGUUUGAAAUACAUCUUUUUACCUAAGCACGUGC